GACAGCAGGCGGAGUUAGACAGUCAGAAGGCAAGCCGCUUUGCUCCAGAGUGUUCCGCGUCUCCUUCCGCCUCCUCUUCCGUGCAGAGAGCCGUCUGAUUGUCGCUGGGAGGAAAAUGUCGUGCGGGCUGUGGAGCGAGACAUUUGCCCUGGCCGAGGACUACCUGGCCCUGUGCUGCAGCAGCCCCCGCGCGGCCCCUCCGUCACCGCCUCCCAGCGAGUCAGCCGCAGCCAUGAGGCGUGUGGCCCAGGACAUGGAGGCGCAGAACAAGGCUCGCUUCCAGACGCUGGCUCAGACCUUCCUCAGACAGUGUGGGCCGGACCCGUGCGCCAGUCUCAGGAAGGUAAUGGAGGAGUUGGUGGGGGACGGACUCAUGAACUGGGGGAGGGUGGUGUCCCUCUUCGCCUUCACGGGGGUGCUGGCCAGGAUGCUCCAGGAGCAGAAAGAGCAGAAGGAGAGCGCCGCCAAACCGGGGCCGGACCUCAGACGGGGACCUGAAACCUGCAGGAGGCUGGCAGAGACUAUUGCUGUUUUCCUUGGAGAGGAGAAGAAGGAGUGGCUGCUGGAGAACGAUGAAUGGGAGGGUUUCUGCAAGUUCUGCAGCAGCCGAGAUGCCAGUCAGGAUUUGUCCAUGAAGACGGCGUUGUUUGCUGCAGCUGGUGUGGGCCUGGCGGGCCUCACCUUCCUGUUAGUUCGCUAGCUACACACUUUUCUUUAUCAACAACAUGCUGCAGAAUCGAGCUGUUCCUUCUUGAAUGGGCCGAAUGUUUCCAGGCGCACACACACACACAUACACACACACACACACACACACACACACGCUAGUCUCUUGCUCCAUUCGAUUGUACAAGCGAUCCCAAUGCCUUCACACGUGUUGGAGCGACGCCGCGUGUCAACACUUUGAGUAGUGAAGCCUCCUCCAGCUUUUUGUUUGCUUUUAAACUUGAGCUGCCUUUUUUUUAGCCGUAGCUUCACGUCUUGAACUCCAGUUGUGUUCUACAAUGUAUAAAUUAAUAUAUUAUAUUUAUAACAAAGGAAACUAAGCGCUGGGCCCCCUUUUUUCUUGUUUUCCUUUGUCAUGCGUGUGUGUGUUUUGUAUUUGUGUGUUUUUAUCGGCCAGUCAGCAGAGCUGGCGGUGGCCUGACAACCACACCACGGUGCUAUUUGUUGUGAAAUGUACCUUCUUUAUUUCUUUUUUUCCAAUGUUAAACCAGGGACCAAUCAGUUGUUGGAUUGUUGAACAAAUGGUUGCUGUGGCAACACCUCCCCCCCAACACAGAUCUUGUUAUAUUUUUACAUUUUUGUUCUAUUUAUUUGUCACUGUUUUGUAAUAAAAAGGUGAACAUA